GGGGUUCUGGGAGGAAGGGGUACGGAGCCAAUCGGCUGCGGCUGAAUCCCAGGGAGUGAGGAUCCCAGAGCAGAACCGGAGCAGCGACCGGGCCGGCUGCUAGGGCAGCGACCAGGGGCAAAAGCAGCCAAGGAGAGGCAGCUGGCUAGUCCCUCGUGCGCUCCGGGAGCCGCCCCAUCCCCCACCUCUACUGCAGCGCCGGCUUUCUUCCACCAGAAGGACCCAGGUGUCCCCGGCGCCCCAGCCAUGGAGCAAGACAACAGUCCCCGGAAGAUCCAGUUCACUGUCCCGCUACUGGAGCCACACCUGGACCCGGAGGCGGCGGAGCAGAUCCGGAGGCGUCGUCCCACCCCUGCCACUCUUGUGCUGACCAGUGACCAGUCAUCUCCAGAGAUCGAUGAAGAUCGGCUUCCAAAUCCUCUGUUCAAGUCCACACUGUCCAUGUCUCCAAGGCAGAGGAAGAAGGUGACCCGGACCACGCCUACGAUGAAAGAGCUCCAAAUGAUGGUGGAACAUCACCUGGGACAGCAGCAGAAGCAGCAGGGGGAAGAAACGGAGGCAGCAGCAGCUGAGAGUGAAGAAACACAGGAAUCCUGCGGGCCUGAGAGUGUGGACCCAGAAAUGGAUUCAAGGCUGAGCCUCCCUGGAGCUGCCCAGAGUGCCCACACCACCACUGAGGGUCAAACCAUAGUAGGUGGCCUGGAGCUACAACAGGAGGGAUUGAGGUUAGACAUCAAGAAGAUGCCUCUGGAAUAGGUCCAUGGGCCACGGAGCUGACCAGGAAUCGAGACUGGGGCUGGAGCCCCCACAAAUGCUGGUUCUUUUCUUCUUCACUUCUGGGGGAAAACUCUUGUUUCUAAAAAGUGAUAAAUUUGGUGUCGGGCCUUUAGUGCCUUUUUUCUUUCCCAGAUA